AUGACGCUGAGGACUUCCUUAGUUAACACUAAAGUUAAUUAAAGGUUGGUUAUAGUAUAUAUAGUUAACUCAGGUUCAGGACGCACGCGAGGGCGGGGAUUCGGUAUAAAAAGCGCGUGCAUGCGCUCCUCUGCAGAUCUUCAGUCGCGUUGUUUCAGGUUCGGUAUUUGGACGAAAAUAAACACCUUCACGAUGCGAUUCUACCACAGCUUGACUUUAUCAGUGCUCAUCCUCAUAUACCUGUUAUCGGAUAAUGUACUGGAAGCCCAAAAGAUGGGAAGGUACCAGUGGUUGAAGUGCAAAAUGAACAGCAAUGAUCCAAACUGUAUCGAACAUAAGGGCCCGAUAAUCGAUGUGACCGGACAGCCGAAGCGACUUCCCGCACGAGUCGCAAAGGACAUCGAUCAUAUUGACAGCAGUGAAGAAAACAGCGAGUCUGGAGACGGUUCUGGUGACUCUUCCCUCUUCAACUUUCCUAAAUUAAGACGGGACGAGCGUGAAAUCAUUACCGAAGUGUCGCAAAAUCCGGUUCAAAAUGAGGAGGAGGGCAGUGCUUUUGACAGCGAUUACUCCAACUCUCUAACUCCUGAGAUUAAAAGCAAGCUGUCUGCUCAGGAUCUGCUUGAGGAUAACAUGAUCGAAUAAGCUGGAGUCUGCCAUCUAAUAUCACUUAUGUCUUACAAAGAAUCUCAGGAUACGAUGCCAUAAAGCCCCCACUGUAUUAUUUUUUUCUAUUUCUAAAUUUUUUUAUAUGAGCCCAUGUUCAUUUGUACUAGACUACUUGUGGGUAUGUGCUGCAUGUUGAGACAGGAGAAGUGAAUGAUCCAAUACAUUUUUUUAAAUGUUGAUUAUUUUAUUUCCCUGAGGAUAUAGUUGCUACACGAGUAAAUUAAUCACUUUAAAUAAUAUAUAAUGUGAGAAUUGUAUGUGCUUCCCCAUCAUAUUUAUGUUGUGUGAGAGUUAAUGCUAGAACUGGAAUUACAUUUUCUUCAAUAUAAAUGUUUUUCACUAUUUUCUGCCACUUCUGUUUGUUUUUUUUUUCUUUAUAAAUGCUGGUUGUUCUUGAGGUUUGGAGAAAAACCAAUCCUGUGCAAUUACUCUAAGUUCCUUUUUUCCGAAUUAGUUUGUUGAAAUAUUUGUAAUGCAUUAUUACAAUUAUUAUAAUUAUUAAUGACUUUUAAUCAGUAGCUGGUGCAUGGAAUUCGUUUGUUUUAAUAUUUAAUAUUUCUUACUCCACAGCAUAUUUUUCAAUUAAAAAGUCCAUGUAA